ACUCAGUAGUUUGGAUGCCUUGCCUCGUGGAUAGACAGCUAAAUGUUUGCUUUGCAGCCUCCUUCAAAGCUUGUGCGAGAAAUUCUUCUUUGGAUGGUUGUCCCCCAAUGAAGAUUGCAGAGAGAAGAUUCCUGCUUGAAAUAGUAUCUUGCAGACCACACAAACAUGUGUGACUUUGAAGCAAACAACCUAUGCUCAUGGCAGAAUGUUCAGCAAGGCGACGACUUUGACUGGAUUCGCUACCGGUCAUCAACGCCAACAGAUGACACCGGUCCGGAUUUUGACAAUUCCCUAAAAAAUGUUCAAGGGAACUACAUGUUCAUCGAGUCAAGCUCUCCUCGGGUCCAGAACGAGAAGGCCUGGCUGAUGAGUCCAUUUAUACAGUCCCCAGGAACCCAUUUCCAGUGUUUUCAGUUCUGGUAUCACAUGAAAGGUUCGUCGAUUGGUCAGCUGAAUGUGUACCAGAAACAAGAUAGCCACCUCCCAGGCAAUCUCGUCUGGAGCUUAUCUGAGCAACAGGGCCCUGAUUGGCUGUUUGCGCAAGUUCCACUGGACGCAACAGUGGGAUUCAAGCUAGUUGUGGAGGCAACAGUAGGAUCUGGUUACGAGGGUGACAUCGCUAUUGAUGACUUCAAUUUGACCGAAGGGUUCUGUUCACCACUGCCCAUGAAGGCUUCAAGAACUAAUCUUGCAAACAAAGUGAAUGGCCAGUGGACUAGCUGGUACCCUUGGGCUCCAUGCAGCGUGACAUGCGGUUUGGGUGACCAUUACAGACUGAGAACUUGCACCCAUCCACGUCCACAGAAUGGAGGCAGUUACUGCGAUGGGGAAGCUGAAGAGCGAGAUGCAUGCUUGCUAGGAGCUUGCUUCGGAAGUUCACCAGUUGUUAGCAGUUCAACUACGAGUAGUCCAUCUGGGACUUCAACCGAUACUUCAAUAUUACUACCAACAACUACAACAGGAUCCAGCGGCACAUCGAAAACAACUGCAGGCACAACUGCGGCUCCACAUCCCAUACAGUGCACAUUGUGUGAGGUCAACCCUCAGCUGUGCUUUGUCCUAACUAAGGUGGAGAUGUGCCCCAACUCCUACUGUAUCAAUGAAGUCACAAACAGGGAAGACGGUGCUAGAUGGGUUGACAGAAGAUGUGGCACUUAUGACGAGUGUGAGAACGACUGGUGGCACAGCACGAGUGAUGAUCCAGACUGUCAGGACUACAAACCAGACCAGAACACGUUCAAGUACAUCCACUGUACCUACUGCUGCACCACGGACAACUGUAACAGGGAUAUCAAGCCUGCUCAAGACACCCUCUACACGCAUCCCAAAAAAUAGACGAAAUAGACGGACAGGGUUUCACACACAGAUGUCCUGGUGCGAUUGAAUGUAGAAACUGAAAUAAAGGGAAACAUU